CCCGUGUACGACCUCGUCCCUUCCCUUCCAAACAUAUAAUUUCCGUGCAUGCCUACACGUUUCGUCCAACUUUGCAUGCACGUCUCCAGUCUCCUCUCUCUCUCUCUCUCCAUAGAUAUAUAUAGCUCUGAUGUACCUAUAAUAUCCAAUUGCCUUCUAAUCUUUCUCCACUUGGAAUGGCUUUCUUCCUGCAUUCCAAGACAAGGAAAGAAGCUGCUGCUCCUCUGGAUUCAUUAGCUUCGGAAAAGAUAAGCGAUCACCGGGAAUUCGAAAAGGUCUUCGGCCAAUUCGAUGUGGAUGGAGAUGGAAAGAUCUCUCCUGCCGAGCUUCGGCUUGUCAUGAUGAGGACCAUCGGAGAGGAGUUGAACCUCGAGGAGGCGGAGGCGGUGGUGAGGGCGGCCGACAAGGAUGGUGAUGGGUUAUUGGACUUGGAGGAGUUUGUGGGGUUGGUAGGGGUGGAGGAAAAGGAGGAGAAGGAGAGGGAGCUGAGAGAGGCGUUUGGGAUGUAUGAGAUGGAGGGGGAGGGAUGCAUCACGAUUGUAUAUUCUCUUAGUUAUUCUAAAGAUUUCCACUACAGAUCCAUAAAGAUUGAUCAUGAACAACAUUCCUCACCUUUUCCAUGA